CCCCGCUUUGCGCUAUAAAAUUCCAACAAUAUAGACAAGCUUAGGUGCGCCUUAAUUUUUUUGAAUGCGCAGCUUUUGGAGGAAAAGCCACAACCAUACCCUGCAACACCUCAAAACAAUACGCGGGAACUUCAAUCUGAGACACUCACAUGAUUUCACUUUUCAAGUUCAACGUCCAACCCAAACAACACCCAAACCCCAAAUCAUCAUAGACAGAGACCCACACAUUGUGAAAUGUACCAAUUCAAUUUCUACUCACAUGCGCAAUGGCCACUGUCACUUGGCUCUCAGUGUCUUCAACGCCAUGCCUUACAGGAACUUGUUUUCCUGGAACUUAAUGCUUACCGGGUAUGUCAAAAACCGCAGACUCGGUGAUGCCCGCAACUUGUUUGAUUUAAUGCCUCAAAGGGAUAUUGUUUCGUGGAAUACAAUGUUGUCUGGUUAUGUUCGGAGUGGAUGCGUUGACGAGGCUAAAUUAGUUUUUGACAGGAUGCCUGAUAAGGAUUCUAUCUCUUGGAAUGGGUUGCUUGCUGUGUAUGUUCAGAAUGGGAGACUUGAGGAGGCUCGUCGGUUGUUUGAGUCGAAGCGGGAUUGGGAAGUGACUUCGUGGAAUUGUUUGAUGGGUGGGUAUGUGAAGAGGAAGAUGUUAGAUGAUGCUAGGCGGAUUUUUGCUCAUAUGCCUGUUAGGGAUGUAAUCUCUUGGAAUACCAUGAUUUCCGGUUAUGCACGGGAUGGAGAUUUGUUGCAAGCUAGGAGAUUGUUUGAGGAGUCUCCGGUACGGGAUGUUUUCACGUGGACAGCAAUGGUGUAUGCUUAUGUGCAGAAUGGAAUGUUGGAUGAAGCGAGGAGGAUUUUUGAUGAAAUGCCGGAAAAAAGAGAGAUGACUUACAAUGUGAUGGCUGCUGGUUAUGUGCAAUACAAGAAAAUGGAUAUGGCAAGGGAAUUGUUUGAGGCAGUGCCUUGUCGGAAUGUGGGUUCAUGGAAUAUCAUGAUCAGCGGCUAUGUUCAGAACGGCGAUAUUGCUCAAGCUAGGAAAUUAUUUGACAUGAUGCCUCAGCAUGAUUCUGUAUCUUGGGCGGCAAUUAUUGCUGGUUAUGCGCAGACUGGUUACUAUGAAGAAGCUAUGGACAUGCUUGUGGAGAUGAAACGGGAUGGAAAAAGUUUAAAUAGAUCUACCUUUUGUUGUGCUCUGAGCACAUGUGCUAAUAUGGCUUCUUUGGUGUUAGGGAAACAAGUUCAUGGGCAGGUGAUGAAGACAGGGUAUGAUAAUGGGUGUUUGGUGGGAAAUGCACUUCUUGAAAUGUAUUGUAAAUGUGGUAGCAUAGGUGAAGCCUAUGAUGUAUUUGAAAGAAUACAGCAGAAAGAUAUCAUCUCUUGGAACACAAUGUUAGCUGGUUAUGCUAGGCAUGGAUUUGGCAGACAGGCUUUAUUUGUGUUUGAUUCAAUGAAGAUAGCAGGUUUUAAGCCUGACGAAAUUACCAUGGUUGGCGUUCUUUCGGCUUGCAGUCAUACUGGCAUGACUGAUAGGGGAACUGAAUAUUUUUAUACAAUGAAUAAAGAUUAUGGUAUAACACCAAAUUCCAAACAUUAUAAUUGUAUGAUUGAUCUUCUUGGUAGAGCUGGCCGGGUGAAAGAAGCACAUAACUUAAUGAAAAACAUGCCUUUUGAGCCAGACGCUGCAACCUGGGGAGCUCUACUAGGUGCAAGCCGGAUUCAUGGCUAUACUGAACUGGGUGAGAAGGCUGCUGAGAUGCUUUUUAAUAUGGAACCCCAUAAUGCGGGAAUGUAUGUCCUUCUUUCAAAUUUAUAUGCAGGUUUAGGCAAAUGGGUUGAUGUUGGCAAGCUUAGAUUAAAAAUGAGGCAACUUGGUAUUCAGAAAAUACCCGGGUAUAGUUGGGUUGAGGUACAAAAUAAGAUUCAUACAUUCACAGUUGGUGAUUAUUCACACCCAGAAAAAGAUAGAAUCUAUGCUUACUUAGGAGAGUUAGAUCUAAAACUGAAGCAAGAGGGACAUGUUCCUUUGGUAAAAUUGGUUCUGCAUGAUGUGGAAGAGGAAGAGAAGAAGCGAAUGCUCAAGUAUCACAGUGAGAAAUUAGCUGUGGCAUUUGGAAUUUUGACCAUACCUGCUGGUAGGCCAAUACGUGUCAUGAAAAACUUGCGCGUGUGUGAAGACUGCCAUAAUGCCAUCAAGCACAUAUCCAAAAUUGUUGGAAGAUUGAUAAUCUUAAGAGAUUCUCAUCGUUUUCAUUACUUCAAUGAGGGUAUCUGUUCUUGUGGGGAUUAUUGGUGAAUGGAAAAACAUGGUAUAAAUUAACCCAUUAUGUUCAGGUAGGAUACCAGUGGGGGGCACUGGAUUUGGUAAUCGUAAAUCAAUAUUAUUCUGGUCCGAGUAAUGGUUAUCAUCAGGGAAUAUUGUUUUGAAGUAAUCUCCCGUGGUCUAUUCUGGAAGAAUGGGUGCCUUUUUGUGCAUUAUUUUGUGAAAGCUGUCAGUGGGACGUUUUCCGUCUCAUGGAUUUUAUCCUUAAGUUGGUUACUGAAGGAGAGAUUAUAGUGCUUGUGCCUCCUUUGGAUAGGUUGGAGGAGGACUGUUUUGUGUGGAACUUUACUCUAGAUGGCAUGUUUAGCACGGAAUCUGCCUGCCAACUGGUUCAUGGUCAUGUUAAUCAGGUGCACGGUGAUCAAGUUUGGAAGAAGCUUUGACACUGGAAUGGCCAUCCUAUUGAGAGAACGCUUCUGUUGAAAAAUCUGCAUCAUGGCCUUCCGGCAAAUUUGUUCCGAGCUCGUGGAUGCAUGACUGAUCGUAACCUCUGUCAUCUAUGUGCUCAGUGCUGGAGGCGAGGAAUUGGAGAAGGACUGCAAUUUGCUGCAGUCACCUGGGUGGUUAAUGCUAAAAGAUUUGAUCUCUAAUGUUAAUAUCCAUGCUCAUAAAAAGCAUGAGUAAAAACACAUUAGUUAAGAAUAAAUUUGUUCAAAAAAAAAUUUGUAUAGUAAAUUAACUUGUAUAGUACUGACAACAGAAUUAUGGUGUUGUAAGAGAAGAAUAAUCCUUGCACUGUGCUAUACUUUAUUUCUAUUAUUAUGAUGCUGGAGUCUAUAUAGAGCUACAAUAUAAAAACUGAUAAUGUACUAUUAGACUAAGCCAAUGGAUUGGAAUUUUUUUAAGAUAGAUUGUUUUCAUGAUAUGAAUAGAGGCGGAGGUAUGUGUGGACAGGGGGGGGCCACGGCCACCCCAAGUUUUUUUUUAAUUUUUUUUAAUGUAUGUGAAAAUACAAAAAUACCCUUUAUGAAAUUAAAUAUUUGCAACCUUGCCACUCAACCCUAAAAUUCUCUUCUUCUCCCAUAUUACGGCAAUUUCCCCUCUUUCUCACUUUUUUGAUUAAAAACAUAAACUCUCUCCCUCUUUCUCUCCUUUUACUACUCUUCCAUUGCUUGUCUUACAUAUUUGUUCUUUUUUCUCCAGCUCUUGAGAUUGAGGAUUAGAGGCCAUUUCAAAUGCUGUAGCUACGAUUAGAGCCACCGCCACCGACAAGAAAAGUCCAAGAGAGGCUAUUGAAUUUGUUUUACAGCUAUUAAAGGACAAGAUUGAUGAUGAAGAGUAGAAAAAUUGAUUCUUUUUUCAAGAGGAAAGAAAGAGAUGAAGAAAAUAAUGCUUCUAUAUCAGAACCUCAAACAGUUUUAGAGAAUCCAAGAACUGAAGAAAAUGUGAAUAGAGUUUACCCGGAUCCGGAUGACAUUGAGAAUUCUUUAGAACGUGAUCCUGGAAAACGUCCUUCAAUGUGGGAAUAUCCACUAAACCAAAUGGAUGAAAUACGGAGAGCUUAUUUGAAAUGGGGUCCAUAUCAAAUUCAAUUAGAGCAAUAUCCAUUGUCUGGUAAAGAAGACCAUAAAAGAAGAUUUCAAUAUGCUUGGUUUAGCAUUUUUCCUUCAUGGUUAGAAUAUUCACCUUCAGAAGAUGCGUCUUAUUGUUUACCAUGCUAUCUUUUUAGCAAAAGACCAAGUGAGAAUUAAUUUGCAAUUUCAACUUCGACAUUUUAUUAUUGACGCUCGUCAAGCAACGAGUUUGAAGAAUUUAUCAACUAUUCAAGACUUGUGUUCCUCUAUGGUUGCAACUAGAAAGAAUGAAAUUUACUAUUUGAUUGAUAGAUUGGUCCGCCUUGUCAUGACUCUUCCUGUAUCUACGGCCACUACUGAAAGAUCUUUUUCGGCAAUGAAAAUUAUCAAGACAAGAUUGAGAAGUAAAAUGGAAGCUGAUUUUUUAGGAGAUAGCAUGAUGAUUCACAUUGAAAGAGAAAUUGCUGCAAACGUUGAUUCUGAGACUAUUAUUGAUGAUUUCAAGCUACUCAAAGAACGUAGAGCAUUGUUAUAAGGUACAAUUUAGUCAAGGUGUGCCGGACACUAAAGUACAUGUGACUUGCAUCCAUGGGCAUGGUACAAAAGCAUACAUUCAUUCUGUUAAGACCGUUGAUAUGUAUCUAACAGUUACCCGCACUCCACGCUAGGGAAAUCAGAAAUAAUUUUAACAGGUCAUUCUAUAUACAUCAUUCUAUAUACGUGUGAUUUUGAGUCACACUCAAAUAGGAUUCGUUACACACUUGUACAAUAGCACUUCAAUUUCAUACUAAUUUGAGGUUCAGAGUUCUAACACUUUUUGAAGGUAACCUCUCUUGUCAUCAUAGAACUGUUACCACCACACCAGAAGCAUAUACGCGAUAACCAUAAUCAAUUAUUUGUUACAAUACAAAACAAUGACGUUGUAUGUGAAAAUUGUCUUUUAAUUCUCUCGAAUUCCAAUUUGAUUCUCUCAACUUUUCUCAGUUGCACC